AUGGCCAUUCAGAUUUACGAGACGGUUAAUGCGGGAAAAGUAUCUGCUACAGUACUGAAGAGAUUCUCAUGUAUAGCACUGGCGGGUAUGGCGGCUGAGUAUCUUGUGUAUGGAAUUGCUGAGGGAGGCCCUGCUAACAUUGACAAGUUGGACAUGCUACCCAAAAGCUUGGCUUUCACACAGAAGAAAGUGGAUUCCCAAGUCAGAUGGUCUGUACUAAAUACAGUCCUACUUUUGCGGCGCCAUGAAUUAGCACGAGCUAAGCUUGUAGAGGCCAUGUCCAUGGGAAAGUCUGUAGGAACUUGCAUUGGCAUUAUAGAGGAGACCAUAGACGAUUCUGACAUCUAGCUUCAACUGGUUUGAAGUUGAGACUGAGGAAUUCAAGCUCCAUUAACAUUUUUUUCCUUCUAAUUUUCUCUUAGGUAGUGAAUUUGAAAAGGGUAGAACAAGUGAAAGAUUUGUGAUACA